AUGUCGGUUGCUAUGAACAACCCAUUCCAUCUGCUUGGCGUGGAUGGGUCGGAAGAAGCGCCUGCCGCGCAGGCCGCUUCGACCGGUGCCGGCCCUCAGGCAUCCAAGCCUAAGACCCAGUCGGCCCCUGCUCCUGCUAUGACCCAGCGCUAUGUGCCAGGAGCUCCUCGUCAGACAGCACCCAAGGUACCUGUCAGCGAUGAGCCACUCCCACGCGACUCGGUUGAAGUCCGUGACACCCGUGGCGCUAGCCGUGCUCGUGGCGAGCGUGGCGGUGGUCGCGGCGGUGACUACCGUGAGCGUGGUGGUCGUGGCGGUGGCCGUGGUGGUCGCGGCGGUCGUGGCUCAGGACGUGGCGGUGGCCGUCAGUUUGACCGUCACUCGGGCACCGGUCGCGAAGAGACGGAGAAGUCGGUGCGCCAGGGCUGGGGUGGUGUUGAUGGAGCUAGCGCCCAGAAGCAGGAACAGGGCGCUAAGGAAGACGCGAAGCACGAGGCUGAGCAGAACGCACAGGAGGACGCUGCUGACAAGAAGGCUGAACGCGAGGCUGCGCAGCCAGAGCCCGAGCAAGACAAGACGCUCACGCUGGACGAGUACCUGAAGAGCCAAGCUGAAAAGCGCCCGCAGCUUGCUGCUAGUGCGCCCCGCACUGUCCAGGAGGACGAGUCGUACGGACAGCGCCUCGACCGUGGCGAAGGUGAGUCGUACUUCGCCGGCACGGAAAAGAAGACGUCCGCACCACGCCCACGCAAGGAAAAGCAGCUGGUCGAGAUUGACCCUGUGUACACGUCGCCAUCCAUGUCGCGCGGCAGUGGAAAUGGACCACGCGGUGGUGGCCGUGGUGGCGGCCGCGGCGGCCGCGGUGGUGCUCGUGGUGGCCGUGGUAAUGGCCGUGGUGGCCGCGGCAGUGGUCGUGGUGGCCGUAGCGGUGGCCGCGGUGGAAACCAGGGCCCCGUGGUCAACCUUGCCGAUGAAAAUGCAUUCCCAAGUUUGAGCUAA